AUGGACACUAUCAGGCUAGCUUUAGAUGCUGGAUCUGACCUACAUUUUCGAGAUGAGUUCCAAGAUCCUUCGACUGUGUCCAGUUUGACAAAUAAAGACAUUAUAGAAGAAGAUGACUUAUCUGUCAAGUGUUCUGUCACCAAUGGAAAUCCCUCCCAAUACACUGUCUACUGGACCAAGACAGGUGACUCUGGAUUUAGACAGAAUGGUGCUGUACUACGGAUACAGAGAAUACAGAGAGGCAGUGCUGGUACCUACACGUGUACAGCACAAAACAGUUACAGCAUUGGAGGCACAGGAUCAAGCAGUCAGUCCAUGACUGUCAAUGUACUCUAUCCUCCUGUAGUACUACGAGGGCCAACAUUUUAUGCAAAUGAGAGUCAGGAGAUUACAUUAUUUCGGAACAUUUCCAGUAACCCAGCUUCAGAUGUAUCCUGGUUCAAAGGAUCUGAAAAAGUUCAUAAACAAGAGUCAGUGACUACUGCCAAAUAUACUAUAGAUAAGACCAAAUGUACAGAUACUGGGAAUUACACACUUAAGGCCAGCAAUAAAAUCAACAGUGACUCUGCACAAGUGCAAUUGUUUGUUUAUUGUAUACCACAAAUGGUAAAAAACAUUACACUUGGAAUAACAGAUGAAAUUGGAAUUGAAUUUUCAGUCAAUGUCAUAGCAUAUCCAAAACCAAGUUAUCAACUAACACGUAUAAACAAAACUGUUGUCAGUGAAAUGACUAGCAAAAUUUUUGUGAAUGCUGUGAAUAAUUUCACUAUCAGAUAUAACCAGACAUCGGUUACAAAGAGCGAUUAUGGAGUUUACAUUUUGAAAAUAAAAAAUACCGUUGGAGAAGCUGAUAUAUAUGUUGAUGUCAUUCCUAAAAAAGUCUUCGUUAAAUCUACCAAAGAAUCAAGUAUAGGAGGAAUAACUGGUGGCACAGUCGGGGGAGUUCUUUUGAUAAUACUUAUCACGUUGAUAUUUCUCAACAGAAAAUAUCAGAUAAAAUGCCAUGUUUCAGAAAGAAUGCCAAAGCCAAG